AUGACUGCGCAGCGCGAAUACGGAACGGUCAACAAGGAUGCGGGUGUUUCCAGCAGCGAUGUUGAAGCUGCUCUCUACUUUAUUGGCGGCGUCCGUGUCACAUUCUCAACCGGAAUCGCGGCUGGCGGGCCCUUGGCGUAUUGGACGAGUUUCGUUGUGACAUGUGUUUUCACCUUCAUCACAGCGGCGGUCAUCGCUGAAAUAUGCUCUUCUCUCCCGCUCGCCGGCUCCAUUUACUUAUGGGCGGCUGAGGCAGGCGGACCUCGUUAUGGAAGACUCUUGGGCUUUGUGGUGGCAUGGUGGAGUACCACUGCGUGGACAACAUUUUGUGCCAGCAACACGCAAUCAGCAGUCAACUAUAUGCUCUCGGAAAUUGCAGUUUUCAACUUAGACUUUCCUUCCGAUAGCUCGAGCAUCAAGUUUCGAGCUGUGCAGUGGGUCGCAACGGAGGUUCUCCUGGCAUUGGCAGCCCUUUGGAACCUUCUGCCUCCUCGAUAUUUCAAGUGGAUCUUCUAUUUAUCAACCUCGUUCGUCUUGCUGGACUUUGUUCUCAACAUGAUUUGGUUGCCCAUUGCGACAAAGAACACGAUCGGAUUCCGCUCAGCCCAUGACGCUUUUCUCUCAACAUACAACGGGACUGGCGCCCCUGAUGCGUGGAAUUGGUGCCUUUCGUAUCUUGCAACUGCGGGUAUUCUGAUAGGUUUCGACGCUUCUGGUCAUGUUGCAGAGGAGACCAAGAACGCCAGUGUUGCGGCGGCUCAGGGUAUUUUCUGGAGCACUGUCACCAGUGGCAUUGGUGGCUUCAUCGUUGUCAUCCUCUUCCUGUUCUGCGUGCCAGACGCAGAGACCCUAUUCUCAUACGGGGGUGCUCAGCCUUUUGUGCCGCUAUAUGCAGUCAUCUUGGGGCAGAGAGCACACAUCUUCAUGAACAUCAUUUGCAUUGUUGCAUUGUGGUUUAAUACCGCCAUUGCUGUCCUUGCCGCUUCGCGUCUGGUCUUCGCGGUCGCCCGUGACGGCGUUCUGCCAUUUUCACCUUGGGUUUCCAAGGUUGAAGAUGGCCAACCCAGGAACGCGAUCUAUGUCGUCUGGGGUGUAGCUUCUAUCAUCACUUGCACAAUUCUGCCAUCUUCCGUGGCAUUUACUUCCCUGGUCUCGGCUGCAGGCGUGCCUUCAGCGGCAGCAUACGGACUUAUCUGCCUCGGUCGCCUUUUCCUGACUCCGAAAACGUUUCCGAAGCCGGCAUGGAGUCUCGGAAAAUGGUCUAAACCGUUCCAGGUGAUUGCGGUUUUCUGGAACGGUUGGGUUGUGGCAGUGCUGUUUUCCCCGUACGCCUUUCCUGUUGAGGCUUCGACGCUCAACUACGCCCCCGUCAUUAUGGCCAUCGUCACAAUAUUCGCGCUUCUGUCAUGGUGGUUCAUCCCGGCUGAGCAGUGGCUGCCCUCUCAGCGUAUUCAAGAGACUCUGGACGCUGGUGAAAGACCUCUGGUCGAGCACUAA